AACCAAGUCGCGGAGCAGAAAACGUUUCUUUUAGUGAAGUAAACUACACGACAAACAGAAUCACUUGGGCAGAACUUCCUAAAGAGGCGGCAAAUGGUGUUAUUAAACUUUACGAAGUCCGUCUCGAGUUAAAGGAGAGCUGUUUGAAGGUUGACUUUACCUUUCAUGCGAUGAACACAACCAAAUCAAGUGUAGUACUGGCUGGCUUCUGGAUGUGUGCAAAGUAUAAAGUGUCUGUUAGAGGUUACACUGUGGCAGGGCCUGGACCCUAUGGCAAAGCUGUAGUCGUGCAAACAAAAAGUAGGUUGGAAAGGUGAAACUAACGAUCUGUUGCAUCGGCUUUAUACUUCAGAGAUUUCAUCAAGUUAUAUACUUUUUUUGUGUCCCGUACCAUGUCCUUAUCCUAAAUCUUAACAAACACGGACCUUAAAAAACACGGUAUAGUGUUCAGCAUUUUCAUCACCUGCUUCCUAAUGAGAAAGUGUAGCCAGAUUACUAAGCUAUUCAGUUUUCAUCUUCAAUGUAGGUGUAAGUUUGUUCCUUACUUUUGCUUGCACAGGUUUGAAAUUAUCCCAAACGUGGUCAAAAGAAACACCAUCUCCACCUUCCUUCUCUAAGACUCCAAGUGGAGAAGGCAUAACAGCAAACAUAACAUUACCACGCUUUCCAGGGAAUGCAAAGUAUGAGCCUUUUAUUUCACCUUCCUUUUUCUUUUUUAAGUGAAGAAUUUGUCAAUCUUUUAAGCUUUUUGCUGAAGUAAUGAAUAUCCUAUUUUACAGGUUCUUUCAAGUCAUAGUUAUAAGAUACAGCUUGGACCAUACUGGUGUAGUUAACUCACCUGAGAGUUUAACACCAAAGGAUCUAAUGACGUACGAAGAAGCCCAUAAAUCUCCGGUUCCUGCAGCGUAUGUCACUUUUCAGUUUAGAGGGCAGGACUUUAAUGCGUUCCGAGAAUUUGUUGUUGGAGAUGGAGGACAUUCAAGCAGUAAAACAAGAAAUAGGAGAAGCAAUGAUGGGGAGGUCUUUCUCAACAAACCACUUCAGCCAAAUACAAAGUACAGAGUGUUUCUCAGGGCUUUUAUAGAGAAGGUAACGUGAUAAACGAGCUCUUUUGAAAAUGCAAGCCUGUGGAACAAAAUUUCACUCACAUUACAUUCAACCAUCGCUUAACAAGUUACGUGCUACCAAAAUUUCUGGAUGAGGUAUACGUUGCAAAAGAUUUAGGUUACAGCGAGGGAAUGCAAAAGCUUACCCUUCAUCUCCGGGUCUUAUUUGUCAAGAAAAUCAAUGACACUUUCAGUUAGUCGCUCAUGGCUUUGGCUCUCUCGUUCGCUCUUUUGUUCGGCUAAUCAGUCAGUCAAUCGGUCCGUCAGAUGUAUUCUUCAUUGAAGCUUUUGAUUACAAUUGUACGAUGGGGAACAAGUAAAGAUACUUUGAGUACAGAAAAAAAAAUCAUGAUGUACGUAUCCUAGAGUUUUAUGGAUGAUUUCUUUCCUCCUGCUUUUUCGAUUGCAGAUGGUGUACUUUUCUAGUAACUUCGUAACGAUUGAAACCAAAGGUAAAGUUCAAAGAAUUCGUUUGUCACUAAAACAACUACUUUUGAACCAACUCGAACGAAAAAGUUAUUUAUUACUUAUGUCAGUGAAUAGCUACUUCAACAACCCUUUAGGCAAUAAAUCACGGAGUACUAGUUUCUUUAUUUUCUCUGAAAGACGUCCCAUUUGUUUGGCCCUCACAGUCAAAUUCAUUGAGACUCUUAUUACGUAAGCCCUUUAAAAGGUAGAUCCCGGGUAAUUUCUUUUCCUCUCUCAGAGACAUGACCCUUCCGUUUUGUUAUUGUUGUGUAAAAACUGCUAACUCAGGGAAAUUCUAUCAGGUAAGCCCGCCGUCAAAGAACUGCCGGAAAGAACCAUUUUCCAAGUUGGCGAUGUGGUAGUAUUAACAUGUGAGGCUACUGGAGAUCCAAAGCCUUCUGUUACAUGGAGUAAAGAUGAAAAUACCAGUAUACCACGGGCUCAAUUCAGAAACGAUAACCACAUUCUUGUCAUUCAAGAGGUCGCACCUGGUGACGGAGGCAUUUAUGAAUGCCGAGUAUCAAACAGUUUUGGGCAACGCCGAACAGCUACAGCAGUGGUCAUCGCUGGUAAGUUUCAUCAACCGUGGUAUGACAGGCCACAAAAGGAAAUUUUUCCUUUAUGUGAGCAGAAGCUAAAAAUGAUUGAUGUCAGAUAUUCGAACCCAGGACCCCAUGGCCUUUCAAACUACGGGUGGAAACAGUGCUGAUCAGCUUUCAGAAAGUGUUAGAGGUUCUGUAUUAAACGUUGUCCUGUAAACGUAACCUAAUCUUAUUCUUUGGCUGUAUUAAAGAUGUCGAAUCUUAUAUUUUUUCCUCCUUUUAAACUCAGUGCCACCCAGUAUCAUGAAAGACUUUUCCCCUCGAUCAGUUCUAUGUGCAAAGGAAACUCCAUGUUCUUUGCUAUGCCACGCCAUUAGUGACAUUCUAUUUAACUAUUCUUGGACAAGGAAUGGCCAGGCUUUAGAUGGCCAUAACAUCAAGGUCAUGAACAACAGUGUUAUUAUCACUCCUCUUGAUGAUCAAGACUUUGGAGAUUAUGUCUGUCACGCCACAAACUCAUUUGGAUCUACAUCUUACAAAAUAGCUUUGUCAGAAAGCAGAGAAGAGAAAAAUAGUAAGUGUUGUAAAUGUUAAACGCUCUCAACGUUCAAGAAACAAUUGUUCCUUUAUAGUUAUAUCUGAUUGCGUAGGUAGUGUCUAUGGAUACUUAACUACGUCCACAGUGAGAUAUGACAUGAUCGUACGAAAUAAGAGUCAUGGCGAAAUUAUAAAAGUUUGUAUGGGAAUAUUUACGACCGAUGUUAGGAAUAUAAAAUACAAUCACAUUCUCAAUAAAAAUAUCUCACCUUACUUCCACAAUGUAUCGCUUGUUAUCUGACCGCUCACUAUGUUGGAAAGAACCCAUUUUAGCGAGUUAUCCAUUUCUAGGUUACUACGUAUAUAAGAGAAGCCCAAAGGCUGCACACUCCAUCUCCGGACGCCCGAGCCGAGAAGCGAAAAAUCCAAGCUCAAAAUGACCGGGCGGCCACAAACCCAUCACAGAAUCCAAGCACAUAUACUGUAGUUUCAUUUCAAUUCACUAAAAACUAAACUAAAUCUUCUCCGUGAAAUCGACGCUAAGCCGCAGUUUGCCUCAAAAAUUUCUAGUUUACACGUUUCUAACGGCCCGCGUACAUAGUCACUCUGAUACACGACCGUUGAACACUGGCAUGAUAACCCUGCCUUAUUUGCAAAUUGUGCCUUGCCGGGAACCACAUCGUCACUUGGCACCCGUGGUUCUAAAACAAUUUGUAGAUGAUAGGUGACAGUGAGGCGAGGCUCAAAUUGAAAAGGAGGCAGGGUUAGAAAACUGGAAAUUUUUGAAGCAAAAUGCUGUUUAGCGUCGGUUUCACAGGAAAGAUUGAGUCUUUAGUGAAUUGAAAUUAAACUACAGUAUACGUGCUUGGAUUCUGCGAUGGAUUUGUGGCCGCCCGGUCAUUUUGAGCUUGGAUUUUUCGCUUCUCGGAUCAGGCGUUUGGAAAUGGAGUGUGCAGCCUUAGGCUUCUCUUAUGUACGUGGUAAACCUAGAAAAGAAUAACUCGCCAAAAUGGGCUCUUUUCAACAUAAUAAGCGGUCAAAUAACAAGCGAUGCACUGUGGAGGUAAGGUGAGGUAUUUUUGUUGAGAAUUUCAUUGUAUUUUUUAUUCCUAAGAGCGGUGGCAGGAAUGGGCUUCUGGCGGUCGUUAAUAUUCCCCUACAACCUUCAUAAUUUCGCCAUGACUCUUAUUUUGCAAGAUGAUCAUCUCACAGCUAAAGCUUGGGCCGCCUGUGCUAUGUCAAACAAUUUUUGCAUGAAACGUUAAAGGAGGCUCUACAGGGUUUUUUGACCGCGCGAAAUCUGGGUGCGAACACCAGCUUUAAAAGUGUCAACACGCAAGACAAACAUGGCGGCUCAAUACGAUCACAGUUUAACCCAAUACAGUUUUUAUGUGAUGGAAGCUGUAAUUUUCAGCAACUGCACCCGUAAUAUUCAUAGGCCUUAUACGCAAUUAAACAGAAAACACCGUGGGAAAGAUUGCUAAAAGGCGACGGAAUCGAAAGUUUACGAAUGCUCAGAUAAAGAUUAUGGCGAAGUUCUAUUCCAUUGCGUAAUGUUCUGCGACAAAGAAAAUAGGGGUCUUUCAAGCAAGAUUUAUUGUGUUUCCAUCGGUGGAAUUUCCUAAGAUUUUCUAGUGCCUCUUGAUAAAAAAAAAGUUCGUAAGGCUAAAUUUGAAAUAGAGGAAGAAAACACAAAAUUGCAAGUAGCAAAAAAACAUCCUUUGUAACCCCUCCUUUUUUCGACUUUUAUAUGAUCGCCAGGACAUAUUUUGCAAAUUGUGUAAAUUUUUAAGAGAUUUCAGCGAGGCAAACUGAAGAAAAUCAAAGGCAAAGCCAAAUUAUCACGAGCGCCUCCCUUCGUGAAGCCUUAGCUAAAUAACGAAAAUCAUUUUGAUAAUAUUUAUUAAAGCAAACGAUAUUUCGAACCUUGCUUAUCGCCUUUUGAUGACGUUUAGUGACAUAGAAAAGCGAAAUCACAAAAAUUUUUAAGCAAAUAUUACGCUGGCGUGCACACCAACAUUGACAAAAAACCCUGUGGAGCCUCCUCGAUUUGAAAUUAAAAUUAUAUUUUUUUAUUUCUUAUCUUUUAGUGUAUUACCAGAGGAACCUACAGAGGGCCAAAAUCUAAGCAAAAGCGUUUAAAAACGAAAAAAAAAAAGAUAAAACGAAACGAUUAAGGGGCAAAAUACUUAAUAAGUGUAAAAAUGACAAGGACUAAUGACAAAACAAAAAUAAAAAAAACAACAACAACAAACAAACAAAACAAUAAACAAACAAGACGUUGGGCCAUCAUUUACAAUUAAUUUAGAUUAGAACACUAGGAUCAAAUAAUACCAACCUCUAUGCCACUUAUAACUUUAGAAUUGCCUUUUUACUCAAUUUGAAUUUAGUUUUGACUUAUUUUUAACGAAGAAGGGUUUGAUAUUUUUUUAUUAUGUUUCAUAAUAAUCAAUGAUGUGAUUUCGAGGGAUUUGUUUCACUCAGUGUACCUCUAUUUAUCAGUAUAUUUUCUUUUCUUUUUGAACAGAUGUACAGAGCAUCUUUCGGGCCAGUGACAUUGCGUGGUCAUGCAUUGUUUUUGUGUUGCUUUUUUUCAUUGGUGUAUUGAUAUGGAGGCUUAAAAGAGCUCAGGCGAGCAACAGACCAGCGACUGCUAAGAAAUCCACCAGUAGAGAUACUGUCCAGUCUGUCUUUCCGCCUGAUCAGCAUGCGUCAGAACCAGGGUCAUAUAUGGAGCUACGCCCUAGGCCUUCGGAAGGACAAACACGAGUCGCCCUUGAAUACCAGUCCUUACAAGGGAGCCACGUGAACGCUGAGUAUUACAACGUGGUUCCUGAAAAAGAGAACAAAAGGGGAUCAAAUGAAGAAAUAUAUGAGGAAAUAGAGCUUUCUGAUUGUUAA